UUUUGCUGCGAAUCGAUUUGAUUUCUGGAUGUUUCGUUGCUCAUGCGAAGAUUUGUUUUCGUUUCUGUCUCUGUUUUUGGACUAGGUGACGGAUUUUUUGCCUUGUAAAUGUUUACUUGCUUAAGUGGAAAGGGAUUUUUAUGCUAUUUUACGUUUCUCUCUCUAGCUUCUGAUUCAUUCGUUCUGCUGCUUUGGCGUGGAAAAUUUGAUUUAAUACAGUGUGUGUGUUGUGGAGUUCUGAGUAUUUGAAGCUGAAAUCUAUGGUUGCAAUACUUGAUUUGCUUUGCUUUGCACUGGAUAAAAUUGCUUCUGAUUCGAUUAAUUGGAAGAAGAAUUGGUAAAAUUCGUGAGUAUUGUAUUGUUGCUUUUUGGUAUCCUUUAUGUUAUAUUCUUUUGGCGUUUCAGACUUUCAGAAGAACUUUGUUGCCAUUUCCAGAAAGUUUUUUGUAUGGAGUAUUGAGUUUUACUACAUUUUUGGCUUUCAAUUUUCAUUUGUAGACUUCAUGAGUGACCUUCGUAGUUGUUUGUGCUAGCUAAUAUUUGUUUUGUUUGACCAGUGUGUGCAUCUAGGUAUGUAUCGUCCUAAUCCGAGUGAAAAUUUGUGCUUUGGUGCUAUGUGAUUGCGUUCUUUUUGCCUAUUUCUCCCUUCAGUUGCAGUUUAUUUGUUGUGGUAUGGUAUUGAUGGAAGAUUAAAAUUGAAAUCUCGGCUCUGGAAACUCUCCUUCUGCAUUAUGAAAUCUUUUAGAUGGUGUUUCUUGAAUCUUGAAUCUAGUAGCUCUUUGGAAGACAGUUUUUACAACAUAAUAAUGACUGCUGGUAAAUCUGAAAAUCUAAAAAUGCUUGAACCGGGCAAACCUCCACCCUCAAAGAAAGCUAGAAAGGAGCAUAGUCGUGGAAAAGCAACUUCCACUGCGAGCUCAAAUGAAAUCAUGGAAAAUCAUAUCUGGAAAGAUUUUCCAGAGGACCUCUUCGAAGCUGUAAUAGCAAGACUUCCCAUACCAGCAUUUUUCCGCUUCCGUUCAGUUUGUCAGAAGUGGAAUUCAUUGCUUACUUCUCAAAGCUUCCCCCAGCAAUGUGCUGAGGUAAUGCAUACAAAGUGUUGGUUCUAUACCAUCACCCAUGAGAACGUCAAUACAGGAGCAAUGUAUGAUCCUUCAUUGAAGAAGUGGCACCAUCCAACAGUGCCUGCGUUGCCAACCAAACAAAUCGUUCUGCCAGUGGCAUCAGCUGGAGGUCUCAUCUGCUUCCUUGACAUCGGUCACAGAAGCUUCUACGUGUGUAACCCUCUAACGAGAUCAUUCAAGGAAUUGCCAGCCAGGUCUGUGAAAGUGUGGUCGCGUGUAGCUGUUGGGAUGAUGCUGAAUGGCGGCUCCCCCAACUCAGGGUAUAAGAUCCUUUGGGUUGGUUGUGAGGGGGACUUCGAAGUGUUCAACUCUGCAAAGAACUCUUGGAUUCGUCCGGGAAGCAUGCCCCCGAGUAUCAAGCUUCCACUAGCGCUCAACUUCAGGUCUCAGGCGGUUUCAGUUGAGGGGACGAUGUAUUUCAUGCGGUCAGACCCAGACGGGCUCCUGUCGUAUGAUAUGGACAACGGGAUGUGGAAACAGUACGUAAUCCCUGUCCCUCCUCACCUGAGUGAUCACACACUGGCGGAGAGCGGAGGCAGGAUCAUGCUUGUUGGGCUGCUGACGAAGAAUGCAGCGACAUGCGUGUAUAUAUGGGAGUUGCAGAAGAUGACUCUGCUGUGGAAGGAGGUUGACAGAAUGCCAAACAUAUGGUGCUUGGAAUUUUAUGGAAAGCACGUUAGAAUGACUUGUCUGGGUAACAAAGGCUUGCUUAUGCUAUCCCUCAGGUCGAAACAGAUGAAUCGACUCGUGACUUAUGAUCUAGCCAGCCGGGAGUGGCUUAAGGUCCCCGGUUGUGUGUUGCCGCGCACCCGGAAGAGGCAAUGGAUUGCCUGCGGCACUGCUUUUCACCCUUGUUUGACUGCAAUCGCUUAGUGUUUCAACUCUAGACAUUGAUUGUGGGAUUCCUCUGCCAACCAAAUAAUUGUUGUACUAUAUUACUAUUAUGGAUCAAAUCCCAUCCUCGUUAUUAUUGCA